GCGCCGCCGUGGACGCCGAAGACCCGGUUGGGCACGCACAGAAAGCGAACGCGCGCGCGGAGAUCGGUCUUCCAGCAUGGCUCACAGGCCCAAGCGGACUUUCCGGCAGCGCCAGGCGCAGUCCAGCGAUAGCGAUGACGCCGAGGAUCCGUCCGCUGAAUCCGGGGCGCCGAGGGAGCCGGCGGCUCCUGGCCGGGAGGAGGAAGGCCCGCCCUCAGGAGGAGUCCGCGCAGAGGUGGCGGAACUGCCCCGCCGGGCCCGAGGUCCUCGCGGCCGGGGUCCGGUCUGGGCGAGUUCCCGGCGCGCUGCCAGAGCCGGUCCUCUUGCGGAGAGCUCAGGGGACCAAGAUGAAGAGGAUGGAGCACAUCAUUCCUCAGGAAGUAAAGAUGAUCAGAGUUCAUCUUCUGACAACUUUAGCUCUCCAGAAGAAAAAGAAUUUUCAUCAAUAGUUAAGAUCCCCAAUGCAGCUUUUAUUCAGGCAGCCCGCAGAAAACGUGAAUUGGCCAGGGCCCAAGAUGACUAUAUUUCUUUGGAUGUAAAACAUAACUCUAUCACCCCUGAUAUGAAGAGGAACAGUGAUGAGGAUCCUGAGAGCGAGCCUGAUGACCAUGAGAAGAGAAUACCAUUUGCCCCAAAGCCUCAGACACUUAGACAAAGAAUGACUAAAGAAACAACAAGUAGAAAUGAAGAAACAAGUGAAGACAGUCAAGAAGAUGAAAAUCAAGAUAUUUGGGAACAGCAACAAAUGAGGAAAGCAGUUAAAAUCACAGAGGGAAGAGACAUAGACCUUUCCCACAGUAGUAAAUCUCAAACAGUGAAGAAGUUUGAUACUUCCAUUUCAUUUCCACCAGUAAAUUUAGAAGUUAUAAAGAAACGACUAAAUACCAGACUAACAUUACUACAGGAUACUCAUCGUGCACAUCAGAGAGAAUAUGAAAAAUAUAUUCAAGAUGUCAAAAGAUCAAAGAGUACAGUCGAGAACCUGGAGAGUUCAUCAAGUCAAGCUGUAAAUUAUAAGUUCUAUAAAAACAUGAAAAUCUACGUGGAAAAUAUAAUUGACUGUCUUAAUGAAAAGAUGAUCACCAUCCAAGAAAUAGAAUCAUCCAUGCACGCACUUCUUUUAAAGCAAGCCAUGAUUUUAAUGAAGCGCAGGCAAGAUGAAUUAAAACAUGAAUCAGCAUACUUACAACAGUUAUCACGCAAAACUGAGACUUCAACAAAUGGAAGUUUGGCUGUAGAUGAAAAAACUCAGUACAUUUUAGAACAAAUUGAAUCUCGAAGGAUACAAAGAAGACAAGCAAGAGCACUUUCUGGUAACUGUAACCAUCAGGAAGGGACAUCUAGUGAUGAUGAACUGUCUUCUGCAGAGAUGACUGACUUUCAAAAAAGCCAAGGUGACAUUUUACAGGAUCAUAAGAAAGUUUUUGAAGAUGUGCAUGAUGAUUUUUGUAACAUCCAGAAUAUUUUAUUGAAAUUCCAGCAAUGGAGAGAAAAAUUUCCUGAUUCCUAUUAUGACGCUUUUAUCGGCUUAUGCAUACCAAAACUUUUAAAUCCCCUAAUACGAGUCCAGUUGCUUGAUUGGAAUCCUCUUAAGUUGGAUUCCAUAGGUUUAAAACAAAUGCCAUGGUUCACGUGUAUAGAAGAAUUUAUGGAUAACAGUGUGGAAGAUGCAAAGAGGGACAAUAGUUCCGAUAAAAAAAUUUUGUAUUCAGUCAUCAACAAGACAGUUAUUCCUCGAAUUACAGACUUUGUAGAAUUCAUUUGGGAUCCAUUGUCAACCUCACAGACAACGAGUUUAAUAAAACACUGCAGAAUGAUUCUUGAAGAACAUUCCUCUUAUGAAAAUGAAGUUAGUAAAAGCCAACAGGAUUUACUUAACUCCGUUGCUUCAAGAAUGAAAAAGGCGAUAGAAGAUGAUGUUUUUAUUCCUCUGUAUCCAAAGAGCACUACAGAAAAUGAAACAUCACCACAUUCAAAGUUCCAAGAAAGGCAGUUCUGGUCAGCUCUAAAGCUCUUCCGCAAUAUUCUUCUUUGGAAUGAACUUCUUUCAGAUGAAACCUUGCAAGAGCUAGGACUAGGGAAGCUGCUAAAUCGCUACCUUAUUAUAGCUCUUCUUAAUGCUGUACCUGGACCAGAUGUUGUGAAAAAGUGCAACCAGGUAGCAGUAUGUCUACCAGAAAAAUGGUUUGAAAAUUGUGCUACGAGGACAUCUAUUCCUGAACUAGAAAAUUUCAUUCAGUUUUUAUUGCAGUCUGCACAUAAAUUGUCUAAGGAUGAAUUCAGGAAUGAAGUCAAGGAAAUAAUUCUUAUUCUGGUGAAAAUAAAAGCUUUGAAUCAAGCAGAAUCCCUCAUAGAAGAAUAUCACCUAGACCAUCUUAAAUCUCUAAUUAAAGAAGUUUGAGUAAGCUUUAUAGAAAAAUACUAAAAUAAGAUUUAUAUAUUAAAAUAUAGUACACUCAGUUCCUUUUCCUUUGCUUGGGAAAAAAACAAAUAAAAGCCCAGUGCCUUUUUAUUCCUUCUAAUGGAGGGUAAUGUGUUUAAAUUGUACUUAUUUUAACUACUCCUGUUUACAAAUAAGAAAGGAAAUCUUAAUUAGAAUGAAUUAUGGGUUAACUAAUAGUUAGAUUGUCCUUCACAGAUUUGUACCAGUUUCUUGUACCAAGACCAAAUAAGCAUAAGAGUGUCACUGAAUCCACAGCAGAAAGUUAUUAUGUUUUUUAAAUUCACUGCAUAUUUGACAGGUUGAAAGAAUUGUAAUUAUUUUAUUUUAGAUGUUAAGAGAGUGAACAUGUGUUGGGUUUGACCAUUCGUAAUUCUUUUUGAAAUACCCAUUCAUUUUUUUCUUAUGGGCUUCAAGGCCUUUAUGUUGUAAAAAAAUACUGAUUUUUUUUUAAGUGUCACUUUUCUUUAAAUUUUGUGUAAGUUGAUUUUUGGUAGAUAUGCUAAGUCAUUUCUUUUUAACAAGUUGCUGCUCUUUUUUUUUUUUUUUUUGUCAAACCGUUGCUAAAAAGCACUUAGCAUUCUCACACAAUGACUAUCCCCAGCAAUAAAUGCUGUUUUCAUCUUAAUGUUAUCCUUUCAGGCAUUUUUCUCUACUUAUAAAAGUAUAUGUAGGUACAUAAAGUUUUGUUUUUGCAUAAAUGACAGAGACUUUUUUGCAUUUGAAAUGUGUAAAUUUUUUAUUAUUAAAGUGUACAUUUGGAAAUUAGCCUGACUUUUGUAUUUUUAACUAGAAGUAUUUUGAAUGUGUUACCUUAAGAUUGUUAAUUAUAAAUACUUCUCUUGCUUUUCAUAGAAUGAAAUAUAUUAGAACUUUCAACUAUUCUAAGUCUUUAAGUAAAUAUCAUUAUGCCUAGAGUUGAACUUCAAAGUUUUAUCUAUCAUAUAAUUCAUAAAUUUUUGUGGAACUUACCUAAUCAUUAGUGUAAACUUCUGUUUUUGUUUUUGUUUUUUUUUCUUCCUAUUCCUGUGAAAUGG